UCUGUGCCCAUGCCCAGUAGGCCAGUUAAGUAAUCCCCACUUGAGUGGGCGGGCUCUCUGUCAGCUGCAGGUGACCCUCCACAGACUCAAGGUAUUCAUGUCAGAGUCGAGGGGCCCCGUCUUCAUUUCUGGAGCAGGUCGCGUCCUUCCUGGGUCCGGGAUGACGACAAAAAUCAUUCACUUCAUGGUUCACGGGAGGCUGGAGCACGCAGAGUUCAGAGCCGACUGCUCUGCUGCAGAUGUCAAAGACCUGUUCCGAGCGGCUGCGGAGGUCGGGCCUCACCACAUCCUGAAGAUGUACAACCCAAGCGGCAGCGUGGUGAACAUCUCCCCCCGGCUGGAGACCAACAGCGAGGACUCGUACUACCGCCUGGAGGUGGUGGCGUCAAAUCUGACGAGUGUGGGGAUGCCACAAGACCUGGACACCAUGGAAUACAGGCUGCAUUAUCUGGAGAGCAGAGUCAACGAGGACUUGGGGAAGACUCCCACUAUCAUCUCAGAUCUGAAGAGCCAAGUGGAGUCUUUUAAGAGGAAGCUGGAGAGUUUGGAGCACCUGAGCUGGAUGGGUCUAUUUAAGGAGGACAGGAACCAUCAGCUCUCCAAGGUGGCCCUGAAACCCAAAACCUCUCAGCUAAGCGUGCACGAGGAGCGCCAGCAAGUCCGCAGGAAGUUCCUUAAUAUGAGCACGCUGCAGGUGACAGAAGACGUGAGAGAGCAGCUGAAAACUCCUGUUUUUGACAACUGGCAGUGGGAGGAGGAGGAGAUGCUGGUGCUCCUCCAGGUGAUGUUCACCGACCUGGGUUUCCUGACGGCGUUCCACAUGGAGCUGGACGUCCUGCAGAACUUCCUGUUCCAGGUCUACUGCCACUACAACACCAUCCCCUUCCACAACUUCAGGCACUGCUUCUGCGUCACUCAGAUGAUGUACGGGCUGAUCUGGCUGAGCGACCUCGGGAGUAAAGUAGCGAGAAUCGACCUGUUGAUCCUGUUGACCUCUGCCCUGUGCCACGACCUUGACCACCCCGGCUACAACAACGUCUACCAGAUCAACGCUCAGACCGACUUGGCGCUUCGCUACAACGACAUCUCGCCGCUGGAGAACCACCACUGUGCCGUCGCCUUCGGCAUCAUGGCCAAGCAAGAGUGCGACAUCCUAAAAAACGUGACCAGCGAGCAGUACAAACACAUCCGGGAAGGAAUGAUCAAAUGUAUUCUGGCCACCGACAUGGCGAGACACAACGAAAUCCUCAACAAGUUCAAAACAAUCCAGCCGGGGUUCAACUUCACCAACAAGGAGCACAAGGAAGUGCUGAUGAACAUCAUGGUGAAGGUGAGCGACAUCUCCAACGAGGCCAGGCCGAUGGCCGUGGCCGAGCCCUGGCUGGACUGUCUGCUGCAGGAGUUCUUCAACCAGAGCGACACAGAGAAACUCAAAGGUCUCCCGGUGUCUCCUUUCAUGGACCGAGACAAGGUGUCCAAACCGUCCUCUCAGACCAACUUCAUCCGGUUUGUCCUCCUGCCGCUCUUCACUGAGCUCACCAAGCUGUUCCCCCGUCUGGAGCUCAUUUGCAACGUGAUCAUGAUGACAAGACGCACUAUUUAUGAGAGAGCCUGUCUGAAUGUGGGUGUGAGUGGCUGCAGCAAGAAAACAGCUAGUGUUGGAGCGGUUGAGACGCCUGGCAGUAUUACUCUGACCGUGGAGAGGGCCACGCAGGAGGAGGAGGGAGGAGGAGGAGGAGGUGGAGGAGGAGGACAAACCAAAGCAUGA